AUGGACGAAAUCCUAAACCACGGGUACGUCGAGCCGAAGCCGCCGCCGCAUCACUCCGUGCUCUACCCGAUGUCGAGCCGCGCGGACGACGACGCGCGCGUGCUCGGCGGCGAUCUCGUCGAUGAGUUCAAACCCGAGGACAACGUGUUCGGAGACUACGGCAACGUCGUGCGCGCUCAGAAGAAGCACUACGUCGAUCACGUUGCGCAGCGCGGCGCGCUCGGCGCGGGGUUACUCCCGCCGUCGACCGCGCUCGGCGGGCACGACAUCACGGGGCAUCACAUCGAGCGCGGGACGCGCUCGCCCGCGGUCGGCGGCUUGCCUAACAUUCCCGGUCCCGGCCCGCGCGAUCCCGACGCGCCGAGGCUGCGCCGAGGCGGGGACCAGACCUGGGUGACGACCGCGCGCGCGCAGAUGGAGGGCGGGACGGAGGAGGCCGCGGGACGCGCGCGGCGGACGGGCAAGCGCAUGAUGGGAGGAGGGGGAGGGGGCGGCGGCGCGGGCGGCGGCGGCGGCGCGGGCGGCGCGUUGUCGGGACAUCCGAACGCCGGCCCGUUCGGGUACAAGCACGCCGCGCUCGCGGAGAGGAGCGACGCGCUGCACAACCAGGUCGACCGACGCGGCGGUCUGGGCCUGGAGACGACGCCGUUCCCGCCCGGCUACGGCGGGCACGUCCCCAUGUGCGACGCGAACUUGGGGGUCAUGGUGAACAAGAGCCUCGCGCCGAGGGCGGAUCGGUCGCUCCUCGUGGAGAAUCACCACGCGUCGGGCGCGGCGGUCGGGUGCACGAAGUUCGUGCGGCGGUGA